UCAGAACUAAAUUGCUCUCUGUCUCUCCAGUGAAAUAUUAUUAUAUGUAAUUUUGUUGUUUUCUUGUAUGAAAGGUAGAUCAGUUAAGUUGCUGCGAGGCUGUCAUAAAGAAAGCGCGUGUAUGUCUGGUAGAUUCCAUGGGGACACCAGACAAUAUUCAAUUUCUGUAAACGGAACCCUCGAGAAGAGAUUCUAAAUUCAGCUGUUCCCAUAUAUGCUGUGAAGCAAGUACUUCAAUGGCAGAUUUACCAGGUUAUAUGCAUGCUUGCCUGCAGACGGGGAAACUUGCUUCGUUGGCUAUUUUAGUGUCUGCAGGAAUUGUAUUGCAAAUAUUGGCAUGUGCCCUGUACAAUAAUUGGUGGCCAAUGCUUACUGUAAUAAUGUAUGUGCUUCUUCCCAUGCCUCUGCUUUUCUUUGCGGGCUCUAAUGGUUCUUCUUUAACUACUGAAUCUGAUAACAGCUGGGUCAAUGCAACCAAGUUUUUGACUGGAGCUUCAGCAGUUGGAAGCAUUGCAAUACCGGCCAUCUUAAAGCAUGCAGGGGUUAUUGGAUGGGGAGCACUUGCGAUGGAGUUAUCGUCAUUCUUCAUAUUUGUACUAGCCAUUAUGUGUUACAUUCGCAUGGGUGCAGAUGAUGAUUAUAGUGUCCUCUGAGAUUGCUGAUUGGGGUUCUUACUUCCUUGUAUAAAAGUGUCAAUGUUAGUCCAUGAUUUGAUUUUUUUUCUUGUUUUUUGAGCUUCGCUUCCUUUUAUAAAGUUAAAAAAAAAACCAUUUAAUGUGUGAGAUUCUUUGUCUAGUGCCUCAGGUGUAUUGGAAAUGUUUUUGAACUGAUUCUUUGAAGAGAACACUGAUUUCAGAACGAUUAUAGAAGGCCAUUCAGAGUGAUCAAUUGAAAAAUCUUACUUUACGUUUUAA